GUAUCCACUACUUCAUUGUCAUAAGCUGUGUCAAUAAUUCUUCAAUCUAACAAUGUUGAAUCAAUUUCGUUCAAGGAGUAAUUGUGAAACGGAGGCCAAAUUUAUUCAAGGCCGUAUUCAUUCAGUUGAAAAAAAUGUGGCAGAGUUCUGUAGUACUUUUGCUCAAUAUUCUCGUAAAGCAGCCCGAUUAAGGGACAAAGGUGAUGAAAUAGCGAGGCUUGUGCUGAAUUAUGCUGAGACUGAAAAUAUUAACAAGUCUUUAGCAGUAGGCUUGGAAAGUUUUGCAGAUGAUAUCUCAAUCAUUGGUGAUUAUGCAGAUAUGCGGGUUCGAAUGAUUGAUGAAAAGGUAGUUGGGGAAUUUGCAAAAUACGAAGACAUUUGUAAGCAUGCCAAGGAUGAAGUUAGAGAUAUUUACUCUGCAAGAGAUAAGGAAGUCGCUAGAAGGAGACAACUCGAUAGGCUAAGGGAAAGAAACCCAAGAAAUAGGCAACAAAUUAUUCAAGCGGAAACAGACUUGGUCAAGGCUACAGCUGAGGUUUCAAAGUCAAUCCACAACUUGGAAGACAAAACGAAUGCUUUUGAGAAACAAAAGCUCCACGAUAUCAAAUCGAUAUUGUUGGAUUUCCUUACUGUUGAGAUAGGAUACCAUGCAAAAUGCCUUGAAAUAUUAACAAAAGCAUAUAAUGAUGUGGAAUCCAUCAAUGAAGAAUCAGACUUGGAGGACUUUCAGAAAAUAAGAGGAAAAAUGGGAUCGGAAUUCAAGAAAUCUUUACGUAUCCCCGACACAAUCCACCACAAAACCGUUAGAAAAAGCUCUAUAUUCAGAUCUUCUGGUUCAUUAGGAUCCCUAGGAACUAUAUUUUCUUCGACACAAAACAAAAAAACACCAGGUAUCCCAAAUACCAAAGAAAAAUUGUCUAAGAGUGAAGAUACUUUGGACUCUUUGAAACACAGUAUUACUGAAAGCGAAGAAGAUGACAGCAAUACAGAAGAAUAUGGUUCUUCCAGUGAUAACAGAAAUUCACCAACUCUUGUAAGAAAAUUCAGGAAAUAAAAUUUGAAAAUUGA